AGCCAGUUCGCGAAGAUGUGCUAAAAGGCGGUCGAGUGUUCCUUCGUCAUCCGUAUGUAGUUUCAAUUCAAUUAUAGUAUCGUCGAGCUGGCCGACGAAGUGUCCUGUGUAGCGCAGUGCAAGAUUUGGGAAGCGUACGAGGAAUCGAUAAAACUGUGCGACGAAGCAGCCGCAUCCAAAGGUUGCUGCGAUUGUGCUUUUGUGCGCGUGUGUGGCGUGUGCAAAGAAAUCGGUGCCGCCGUUGCAAAGAUUGCUGGAAGGUGCCGCGGGAAAGGAAAGAAUCUCACUUCGCGCCCCUCGCUCCCGAAGGGUUUUUACGUCCACUUUGUGCGCUGAAUCCAAAUUGAUCGCGAAUGAAAAGCAGCAGCAGGCACUGACGGCAGUAGAACGGCGCAGAGUAACCGUCCAGUAUGGAAGCGAAAAAUGGCAAAUCCGGUCUAACUACCGUGUCGCAGACGGUUGGGCCUGCAGGCGGCGGUGGUGGAGGCGGAGGAAUCACGGCGAUGAAGAACGGAAUGAAAGACAACUUGAACGGUCCUCGGGUGGUCACAAUCUAUAAGACGGAAACCGGUUUUGGGUUUAAUGUCCGCGGACAAGUAAGCGAGGGAGGGCAACUACGAUCAAUCAACGGGGAGCUCUAUGCACCAUUGCAGCACGUCAGCGCCGUCUUGGAUAACGGGGCCGCGGAGCAAGCCGGCAUAAAAAAAGGCGAUAGGAUUCUGGAAGUCAAUCACGUGAAUGUAGAAGGAGCCACCCACAAGCAGGUGGUCGAUCUCAUCAAAUCCGGCGGCGAUACGCUUACGUUGACCGUCAUUUCAGUCACACAGCAGGAAGCGGAACGUCUAGAGCCUACGGAAGAUCCGGGCGGAUACUCGUACAUCGACUACUCGGAGAAGCGCAGCUUGCCGAUCAGCAUUCCCGACUAUAACAUCAUUCACCGGGGCAAUGAACGAUACGUCGUGUUUAACAUCCACAUGGCGGGCCGGCAGCUGUGCUCGCGCCGGUAUCGUGAGUUCUCGAACCUUCACCAGCACCUGAAGAAGGAGUUUUCGGGCUUCAACUUUCCGAAGAUGCCCGGCAAGUGGCCAUUCCAGUUAAAUGAGCAGCAGCUGGACGCCCGGAGACGCGGGCUGGAGCAGUACCUGGAAAAGGUGUGCGCCGUGCGGGUGAUCGCCGAGUGUGAUGCCGUGCAGGAGUUCCUCACGGAUUCGGCCGACGACGUGGCGGCUUCACCGGUCGACAUCAAGAUUAUGCUGCCGGACCACGCCGUGGUGACCGUGUCGGUGCGGAAAUCGGCCAACGCGCAGCUGGUGUGGGAACAGCUCGUGCAGCGGGCCAACCUGACCUCGUACACCCAGCAGUACUUUUAUCUCUUCGAAAUUGUCGAGUACAACUUCGAGCGCAAGCUGCAACCCCACGAAAUCCCCCAUCAGCUGUACGUGCAGAACUACAGUACCGCCUCCAGCACCUGUCUGUGCGUGAGACGGUGGCUGUUUUCGAUUGAACGAGAAGUGUCCCUUCCGGUCGGAGAGCAGGCGGCCAAGUUUAUCUUCUACCAGGCCGUCGAUGAGGUAAAUCGUAGCAAUAUCCGAGCAGACGGACGGCUGUACGAGCUGAAGGCGCUGCAGGACUCGAAGAAGGCGGACGAGUAUCUGUCGCUGGCGCGAACCCUUCCCGGUUACGGCGAUAUAGUGUUUCCGCACUGUGCGUGCGACAGCCGCAAGGAAGGGCACGUGGUGCCGGCGGUGGGUAUGAAAAGUUUCCGAUUACACGCCUGCCGCGAGGAUGGCGCGUUGGAGGCCCAGACGGUCGAGCUGCAGUGGGCCACGAUUUCGCGAUGGGAAAGUGACGAAGAGUCGAUGGCAUUUUGCUUCCAGUACAGUCGUUCGGAUAAACCGCCCCGAUGGGUGAAGGUGUUUACGCCAUACCAUGCAUUCCUAGCUGACUGUUUCGAUAGGAUAAUGGAAGAGCGAGCCUGGGAUGACACAGGAGAGUAAGGUGCUCCGCCGCCCGGUGGGGGAUUUAGUGUCGUAAUCUUUGCGUAGAAAGCCCACUAAUCGGUACAAACAAGAUCAUGGAGCGGCCCGUGAGAAUGAAGCGUCAUCUCAAGAGUGAACGGAAAAGGCUCUUCUCUGGGUUUGGCGUGAGUCAACUGCACGUCGCCAAAACCGGUUCGAUGUCGGUAUGGUGGAAAAGAAAAUUGUUAUUGCAUUGAUUACCGAGGAACGGAAGAAACGAACUCAAAACACUAUUGCGGAACGAAAUUAAAAACAAACAGAAUCUGGUGAGCAUUACACCAAUAGAGAUCGCGGUUCCCCAGAUGUUGUUAUGCUAAUUGAUAGUCAAGUGAGUAUUUUGAGAAACCUACUUCUGCUGCUUACCUACCGUGUUGCAACAAAACCAAGACCAUUCCAAAAGAGGGUUGCACGCAAGAGGGAACGGAUAUCACUGCGCGGAUACAAAACGGAUGUACCGCGAUUAGUGUAGAGAAACAGUAGCGACUGUGACCGGUGGCAAUGCAAAUCGUCUGAUUGGACCAUUCAAACACUUUUCUCGAAAUAGUGAAACGAUAGCUCUCUCUCUCUCUUUUGCCACUAUUUCUGUUUUAGUAGAAUCAUUCAACACUCACAUUGUGUCAUAAAUUACAAGCCCAUGUUCUCCCAGUUCCUCGCACCGACCAACUGCAUACUAACAUAGUCACUAACACUAACACUUCAGUGAAUCCUUCCGCGGCGCCCCAAGCAAGCAGGCAGUGCAGGCCGGUUGGCCACGAUGGGUGCCUCGGAGCGUACGUCUCUGCAAAAUUCGUUCAAACAGCUACAACCUUCUCCGUGUGUUGUCGACUUGGGGGGACCUUUAUGAGUUUAUAAUUUAAUUUUCUGUGAUACCGUCUCUUCUCUUUCCAAAAAAAGGUCUAUGUUUGCAGAGUACGCGCAAGAAAAAGGCAUAUCAUAAGAAAGGUGGCCAUUGAGAGUAAACCCCGCUUGCACCGGAUUCACUGUAGAGUGUGAUAAGAAUUGAAGAAAAAAUCACCCAUCAUUCGGCCGUACAUGAUGUCAUUUGGCUUUGACGUAGUGACUAGUGAAAUCCUGCAUAGUAUUACUUGUUUGUCUAUUAAGCGUAGAGUAACGGUUAGGAAAAUUUGCGGCACAUUCCAAUUCGAUUAUGUUUCUCGUCAUUUGGUUUUUGGAAUAAAGGUACCGAACAUGGGCCACUGCGCGCUAUUUGCUGCCACGAUCGUUUGCAGCAUUACUGACACAUGAUGCGAUCCUCCACGUGUGUGUGUGUGGGAAUGAUCUUGAAAUAGGAAAAGUAGAUACGGCCGGCGUAAUGACUAAUAAGGGGGGGAUUGGAAAAUGAUGGUCGAUGGUUUUCGCGCUUGAAAUUCCUGCUUCGGACACUGAACUUAGUAUCUCAAUCUGUUUAAGACAAUUAAAACACCAACAAUACCUUGUGGAUGGUUGGAAAUGUGCACCGAUAACGAUGAUAUUCGUAUGUAUUAAAUAAACAACCGUUUGUGGCGUCCAAGCGAAGAAGAAGCGUGAACCUAGCUCGAACAUGUACAUAACUUAAACCCUUCGCAUGAACAGAGAGCAGGAUGGAGGACAGCGAUUCGUGGAAAUGGAAAGAUUUCAAUGACUCGUUACGACUCACACUGAAUACCCACAGUUACUUGUUCGACAGCGAAGGACGAGAGCAGAGGAACCGAUUGAAGUGGAGCCCAAGUUUGAGACUCGAUGGGACUAGGAGUCACUGAAAGAUUGCCCUUUUUGCCAUCCCCGAUUGUCCUUUUUCAAAGAUAUGGCAAAAACAAAAAUAUUUCAACGUACUAUGGCCCCAAAGCAAAACAGAGCGCACCCACCAAUUGCGUGUAAAGUGACCCACGCGGAUAAGUAUGGUGUUAGCGUAACCGGCUUGCUCGGAUUUAAUGGUAUGACUUACGCGAAUCUUGCAAGAUACUGUGAGAGAGAGAUAGAAAGAGAGAAAAGUUGCAUGCGGUUUAUGCUCCGAUCCGAUCCCCCGAUCUCCCCGAUGGUCCAGGGAAUUAUUAUGUUAGAUAAGUCAAUACGAAACAAUGGUAGUUGCAAUGGUUAAAACACUUUAAAAACUGUCAAUGCCCGGAUGAAACCUGACACACAUACAUAGAUUAUAGCGAAGGCAUUCGACACAGGCUAGAGUGCGUGAGCCUAAGCAUUAUUACACGCAAAAGAUCAUAAUUUAUUAUAUUUCAAAGUGAUACUAUAUAAAGUUUUAAAGUGAUGCUA